AUGAACGAGACCCACGAUACUGGAAAAAGCAUUCAUGGUUACUUUGAAGAACGAUAUGCUCCUCAUGUGCCAGUGAUCAUGUUGGAUGACUUUGUCCGAGCCCAUGUCAAGGAACAGGCCCGUCAGCACAUCCACGAAGGGUACGACAACAACUGUCACGUCUUUGCGCUGGUGCAAAAAGUGGCUGCCAAAGCGGAUGCCUUUCAUUUGGUGCACCGGCUCAAGUAUGAUUGUCGGGAUUGUUUUGAGCUGGCUAGUCGACUUGGGCGAUAA